AUGGAAGACAUACAACUAGAAAGUAGCUCAGCGUCGCAACUCGUUGCAAGUUCGAGUCCUUCUACACCCAAUCCCCCCCAGAAAAAGCGUAGGCGUACAAAUUCCUUGAAUUCCCUGAAUCUCGUGUCUACUCAGAACAGCAAGCGUCAGGAGUUGGCCGAUAACACGAAUGAAGACCAUCUACAGAACGCGAACUUUUCAGCACUCCAGCCUCCGCCUUGGCAGGACACGAUCGAAAAGGCCGUUACUGCCAUAGUGUCUAUUAGAUUCAGCCAGGUUGCUGCAUUUGACACCGAGGGUCCAGAGACAUCAGAAGCAUCCGGAUUCAUAGUUGAUGCUAAAAGAGGAUUAAUAUUAACCAACAGACACGUCGCAUGUGCGGGUCCAUUUGUUGGUGAAGCAGUGUGUCAUGAUCACGAAGAGAUUUCCGUGUAUCCUGUUUAUAGAGAUCCUGUACACGAUUUUGGUUUUCUCAAAUUCGACCCGCAAGAAAUAAAGUAUAUGCCAAUCAACGAAAUCCCUCUCGCUCCAUACCUCACAAAAGUGGGACUCGACAUUCGAGUUGUUGGCAAUGAUGCUGGGGAGAAGCUUUCUAUACUAGCUGGAUCGAUCUCUCGUCUUGAUCGCAACGCGCCGGAAUACGGAGAUUUGACAUAUAACGAUUUUAAACAAGCGGCAUCCAGUACGAGUGGCGGGAGUUCAGGAAGUCCCGUAAUUGAUAUUCAUGGAAAUGCUGUUGCGUUACAGGCAGGUGGCCACACAAAGGCAGCAACAGACUUCUUUUUACCUUUAGAUCGCGUAGCACGUGCUUUGGAUCAUUUACAGCGAGGAGAGAAAGUACCACGAGGAACCAUCCAAGUCCAACUUCUCCACAAGCCAUUUGACGAAACACGCCGCUUAGGCUUGCGAACGGAGACUGAAUCAUUUAUACGCAAACUAUUCCCAGGAGAAAUCGGCAUGCUAGUUGCCGAAACAGUCGUUCCAGGCGGACCUGCUUCAAAAUUCAUGGAGGAAGGAGACAUUCUAAUCAGCAUCAACGGAGAACACAUUACAAAAUUUGUCCCAUUGAGUCAAAUGCUAGAUUCAAAUGUCGGAGAUGAAAUCAAAAUCUGCAUUGAGCGGGGCGGAGUUGCUCUCGAAUUCUGUGUUCGUGUACAAGAUUUACAUUCGAUAACGCCCGAUAGAUAUGUUGAAAUAGGUGGCGCAAAGUUGAAUGAAUUAUCUUACCAACUAGCUAGAUCAUAUUGUGUCCCCGUUGGUGGAGUGUAUGUUGCUGAACCGGCGGGCAUGUUUCGUCUUGAUGGACCGGAUCAUGGUUGGAUUAUUGCUUCUGUGGAUAAUAAGCCUACGCCCAAUUUGCCGACAUUUAUUGAAGUUAUGAAGGAUAUACCAGAUAGAGAGAGGAUACCUAUUGUCUACUAUUCGAUUGCCGACGUGCAUACCACCAGUGUUGCUGUUGUCCAAGUAGAAAGACAUUGGUCAAGGUUUAGAUUGGCUGUUAGGAAUGAUACAACAGGUCUUUGGGAUUUCACAGAUUUAGGUCCACCGAAGCCGCCAAAGCUUUUAAAGCCCGCCACAGCAAGGUUUAUUGAAUUUGAUGAAUCCAUGGGUGCGGCUAAAGAUCUCAUUGCUUCUUUAGUGAAAGUCGGCUAUUAUAUGCCAUGUCGUAUUGAUGGGUUUCCUAAGAGUAGGAAACAAGGCGCCGGAGUAGUAGUAGAUGCCGAUAAAGGUUUAAUCGUUGUCUCUCGUUCCGUAAUUCCUUUCACAAUGGGCGACUUAUCAAUCACUUUCGCCGAUUCCAUCAUCAUCCCUGGACGUGUAGAAUAUCUUCACCCGACACAUAAUUUUGCCUUUGUCUCAUACGAUCCUAAGCUAAUUGGUGAUACGCCGGUGAAAAGUGCAGUUUUGAGUGAUAGAGUAUUGGCUCGAGGACAUAAGGUUACAUUAGUGGCAUUUAAUCAUAAUCAUAGAAUUGUGUGUUCGGAUACUGUUGUCACGGAUGUCACGAGUGUCACGAUCCCACAGAACGCUACACCGAGAUUCAGAUCGAUAAAUCUAGACGCAAUAACAGUUGAUACACCUUUAGCCCAACAAUGUUCAUCGGGCGUUCUAGCCGACCCAUCAGGUGCCGUAUCAGCUCUUUGGCUUUCUUAUCUGGGCGAACGCAACGUAUCCGGUCACGACAACGAAUACCAUCUUGGGUUGCACGUCCAUACAAUCCUGCCGGUCCUCGACACUCUGCGCCGAGGCGAGUCUCCAAUGUUACGCUCACUAAACAUCGAACUUACGCCUGUCCAAAUUGCUCAGGCUCGCCACAUGGGGUUGACAGAAGAGUGGGUAAGGAAGGUGGAAGAUGCUAAUCCGAGCAGGCAUCAGCUGUUUUUGAUUAGGAGGACAGAAACAGGGAGUAAGAGUGCGAGAGUGUUGAAAGAGUUGGAUUUGAUAUUGGCGGUCAACGGAAAGACUAUUACACGCAUGUAUGAGAUGGAUGUGCAAUAUUACGAAGAAGAAUUGGAGAUUACUGUGCUGCGACAAGAGAAAGAACUGACUUUAAAAGUCUCUACAGAAUUAACAUCUGGCACUGGCACAAGCCGUAUCGUUAUCUGGGCGGGGGCUGCUAUUCAAGAGCCUCAUAAAGCAGUUCUUCAACAGUCAAAGACACUUCCGUCAAGAGUUUACAUUUCGGCUCGAAGUAAAGGCUCGCCCGCAUAUAUGUAUGGGAUAGUACCGACUAUGUGGAUUACACAUAUAAAUGGCAUUCCGACCCCAGAUCUUGACUCCUUCAUAUCUGUCGUGCGUAAAUGCCCUGAUAACUCAUACGUAAGAGUAAAGACUAUAAGUUUUGACAUGAUACCAAUGGUAUUGGCAGUCAAGACAUGUUAUCAUUAUUGGCCGACAGUUGAGAUGGUUUAUGAUUCUGAGACAAAGGAGUGGAACAAGAUUGAAUAUGCAGAUUGA